ACGGGCGUCUGUCUUUGCCGAACAACAUCUGUCAACAUCACCGACAUCGCGAGAUAAAAACUCUUCAUUUGUGUAGAAGACGUCUGUGUGGGUCUUAGUAACACUAUGAUCGCGAAAUGAAUCUUGUGAAUUAAGCGAAUGGGUUAUUUUUAGAGCAAUUUUAAGUAGCGUUAGAUGGUCUCAAAAAUGGCGGGGCACUGAUGUAGCUAGCAAUUUAUUCUUAAUGUACUUAACUGUAUUAUACGAUUCUUAUUAAUUACUCAAUUUCAUAUACACACUUUGGCUAUUAAGUCCAUGUUGGCUUAAUGUCAUGUUAGGCGAUUGUAAAAGGGAGUUGUGAGAUACACCAAAUGGCGGACGACGCCGGUGGUAGAGGAGGUUUUCGUGGGGGUUUCGGCACCGGUGGCCGGGGUCGCGGUCGUGGUCGAGGCAGGGGCCGCGGAAGAGGACGCGGGGCCCGCGGAGGAAAGUCUGAGGACAAGGAGUGGGUGCCUGUGACCAAACUCGGUCGUUUGGUGAAGGACAUGAAGAUCAAGACCCUGGAGGAGAUCUACCUGUAUUCUCUGCCCAUCAAGGAGUCCGAGAUCAUCGACUUCUUCCUGGGCUCAGCGCUGAAAGAUGAGGUGCUGAAGAUCAUGCCUGUCCAGAAACAGACCAGGGCUGGUCAGCGCACCAGGUUUAAGGCCUUUGUUGCUAUUGGUGACUACAAUGGCCAUGUUGGUCUGGGAGUGAAGUGCUCCAAAGAGGUAGCGACCGCUAUCCGGGGCGCCAUCAUCCUGGCCAAGCUGUCCAUCAUUCCCGUCAGAAGAGGAUACUGGGGGAACAAGAUCGGAAAACCACACACCGUGCCAUGCAAAGUGACCGGUCGCUGUGGUUCGGUCCUGGUGCGUCUCAUUCCCGCUCCCCGUGGUACUGGCAUUGUGUCCGCUCCCGUGCCCAAGAAACUGCUGAUGAUGGCCGGUAUCGACGACUGCUACACCUCGGCCAGGGGCUGCACCGCCACUCUGGGCAACUUUGCCAAGGCCACCUUCGACGCGAUCUCAAAGACGUACAGCUACCUGACCCCUGAUCUCUGGAAGGAGACAGUGUUUACCAAGUCUCCGUACCAGGAAUUCACUGAUCAUCUGGCCAAGACUCACACCAGGGUCUCUGUUCAGAGGACUGCGGGAGCUCCACAGCCAGCCUCCUAAACUUUGUACAAUGGAUUGAAAUAAAAGUCCAGAAAAAGAACCAA